AUGGCGUGGAGCAACCAUCGCGAUGUCUAUAUCAUCAGGUGUCCGUCAUGCCGCCGCCAAGAGCAAGCCACCGCUACCAAGGGAGAGAAGGCCACUGCAGCCCAAGCCAAGCAGGAGGAGGCGCUCGCCGCUCCACACCAAGCAGAGGUGCACUCCGCCAAUCACGGCGCCCAUGCAAAGGAGGAGGUGCUCGUUGCCCGUCACUUUGCCAGAGCCAAGUACGAGAAGUGCAAGGCCUGUGAUGCUCACGAUCGAGCGGAGCAGCAGUAG